GUUACAAUGAAAGCAGUACUGAUCCUAAUUUUGAGCCUGAUUUCCAUCACCCUGGCCAACAACCCCUGGGGAGGUGCGGGAGUGUGUGUGCGUUUCGCCAACCAGUGGUCAGGAGAGCAAUUAACCAGCUCGUGGUCUAAACACGACAAAGAUCGGCGCCAUGUUAGCACUUCAUCAGGCGAAGGAGAAAAUUGGGUUAUUUCAAAAGAUGAGAGAUAUCCGGACCAUUACAAGAUAAAGCAUAAAGGAAACGGGGAGGAGCUGUUCGAGUCCGUUCAGAAUUACAAAGGAAACUAUAUAUUCACCUGGAUUCCGAAAACGCUGAUAAACGACGGAGGUGCAUCUUGGAAUAUCAUGUGGGUCAGAGAGGACAUUUUUAAGCUUAAAAAUAAGAAGUUGAAUCAUUGCUUGUGGAACGUAGAUGGUAAAAUUAGUGCUUAUCCUAACUGUGACAACAAGCAAUAUGAAUGGCGAAUUUUUAAAGUUGCUUGCUGAAAAACUGUAUGGAAUGUCUAUCAGACUAUCCGAUCCAAAAGAUAUAAUAUAACACAAAUUCAACACAUUAUUAAGAU